AUGAACCUGAAACUUAUAUUCCUUGUUAUUGCAAGUUUACGAAUUAGGAAUUUGUAUGGAUCACCUACACAAAUUGAUCCUUUCACUAGGCGAAGUAAUUUAGAACAAUGUAUAGAUUUUGAAUGUUUAAAUGUAAAAAAAUCUAAGUACUUCACAACCUGUGGCUUAGGGCUUAUAUGCAAGAACUGUCCUUUAAAUUCCUUCAAGUCUCAUCAGAAUCUAUGUAACACUUGGAAGGAACCACAGUACGAGUUUCUGGUGCUAAAUAGUGGAUCUUCAAGUACUAGAACCAAAGUUGGAAAUCAGUUUUUUUAUAAGAUUAGUACACAAUGGAUUAAAAAAGAUCCAGUUGAUAUUUCUAGCUGUAAACUGGAGAAUUUUAAAUAUGAUAAAACAUACCAAGUUUUCUCUACUGGACAAAUAUCAAAUUUGUACACUACUAUAACAUUCCAAGUCAUAAUAGUAUCAAAUAGUCGUAAGAUGAGUAAACCAGAUGAAAUUGAAUUUCAAAUUGAGCUGCAGGAAAGUAUGGAGGAAAUAAAUAACAGAGGGAUUAGUUUUAAAAACCAGAGACAAAAGUCUUUCUGUCCAGUUACUCACUUGAGUGAACCAUAUAUUUACAAGGUAUCUGGUAAUCUUGGAGAAGUCAGUAUUAUAACAAGAUCUUUUUCACUACCAAUAGAUAGAUCUUUAAUUUAUAACCCAAAUGAAUUUUCUAUUAAUGUUAGAUGUAGAAGUAGCAAAAUUUGUGAUUUAGGGGUUCUGAAAUUUUGUCUCAGGCUUUUUUGUAGUAGAAUGCCAGAAUCCCAAUAUGGUCAAUUACAAAUAAUCCAAAACUUAUUAAAGAUACCUCCUCCAGAUAUACCAAAUUAUGAAGAGAAUGAGAAUAUUUCUGAAGAAAUAGUUAAAGAAGAUAAAGAUAACAUAAAAGAAGAAACAGAAACUCAAGGAACACAACCUACUCACAAAAGGCGAGCAAACACAGCAAAAUCUUUUUAUAGAGUUCCCGUGGCUUACUCUGGUCAGAUCCAAUACAUUGAUGAGUACAACAAGUGGGUACCCGCGAGUAACAGUUUAAACUCAAAACAAAAUAUAAUAAUAUAUAUAUUAAUUGGAAUCCUACUUACAAUCACUAUAAUUUGUGCAGUAGUCUUAUUUUUUAGGUUUAGGUAG